ACAAUUAACAAAGAAAAUUGGUAUCAGAAUUUGUGAAAAGAGAGCGCUUCAAAACAAAGAGGGUACCGCUCAAUGGCUGGGUUUCGUUGGGGGCGUGUCUGGUGUAUGAAUAUUCAGAGAAAUUCUCUUGGUCUUAGCGUGCCUAUAAAAGGCAAUGUGAUGCUAUUUCUGCGGGUUUGGUCAAUAACUAUACAGACUGAGAUGAACUGUAGUGAUUUACAUUACAGAACUUGAGAACAAAGCAAACAAUAUUUUUAACUUUUUGAUACAACAAAGUUAAAUUGGCCAAAUCCCCCUUUCGAUAACUUUUUUUCGCAAUCAAACUUUGAUGGUAACUUUGGAAUUUUGAGGACUGUGAAGAAAUAAGCCUCCUUCUCAGUUUCUCAUCAUGCCCCGGGGAUUUCUCGUCAAAAGGACUAGCCAUGGAGGAGCAGCAUCGUACCGGGAGAGGAGAACGUCCGAGGAGGACCGGUUGGACCUGGAGGCGGACAUGACAAGGUUCGGAUCUCCGGACUCCGGAUAUUGCGCAAGUCCUAUAAACUUCUCCAAGGAUAUAGAAAACAAUAAUUACGAGAAGCCGCGGUCCUCUCCCCUCUCUGUGAGUACUCAGCAACUUUAUUUUUCAAGUUUUGAGCAACUGAGUGUUAAUUCUCCAAAUAACGAGAAUUCGGCACCCAAACCUGUAGACCAAAGCAGUCCAAACAAGAGAAGAAACGAAAACAAGAACAAACCUAUGAAAAAACCAAAGGCGGCCCGAAAAAUCAACUUUGAUGAGGACACGACGUCCCCUGUCUCGGGCUGUAUCAUUAAGCACGUUUCUCCCGAGGACGAGGGUACGGUUAUUUACCACGGGGACAUAGACAGCACGUACAACUUCGUAGAAGCAACUCCAGAGGCGCGAGCCGAGCUGGAAAGAAUCGAGAACAAGAUUGGCGACUACAUCUGCCAGUUGUGCAAAGAAUUUUACGAGGACGCGUUUCAGCUGGCCCAGCAUCGGUGUUCCCGCAUAGUGCACGUGGAGUACCGGUGUCCAGAGUGUGGCAAGGUGUUCAACUGCCCGGCAAAUCUUGCGUCCCACCGAAGAUGGCACAAACCGAGACCAAGCCCGGCAAGUUCCAGGCCGAGCGCUCCUGCCAAAAUUCUUCCCUCAAACCAGAAUGAAAACAACGCAAACACGAUGGAACCCAAGAACGACAACUCCAUGUUCUUGGUCCCGACGGAUCUCAGUGUCUCCAACGCUGAGGGACAGUUCAAGUGUGAAACGUGCGGCAAAAAGUUCCGCCGCCAGGCUUACCUGAGGAAACACAGACAAGUUCACAACGAUUCCGGACAGAUCGCACGCAACGACAAUUCUACACGACCCGAAAUCCUGCACAUUAGCAACAUGAACGAGUUGUCCAACAAAGAGUCGCUGCGUCGCGAUGUCGUCUCGCCACAGAACGCCUUUGAGAGUUUGCAGACGAGAGUUGCCGACAUGUACGUGUGUAAGUACUGCGAGAGUUCGUUCAGCAGUUCCCCCGGGCUGACCCGUCACAUCAACAAAUGCCACCCCUCCGAGAACCGCCAGGUCAUCCUACUCCAAAUGCCCUCCACCCUCCCCCGCCACAUGUAGAUUAGGACCACGCGGUGCCUUGACUCACCGUCCGUGCCUGACCGCUAGAAAACGUAUAUAUUUUUGAUGAUGAUCUUUUGAAUUGAACGUUUAUGUGCAGAUGUGCCUUCUUAAACGUUAAAUGUGUGAGUGCUGGUUAAAACAUUAUUUUUUUAAAGAGAGAUUUUUUUUAUUUACAGGUAUAUGAAUUUCUUGACAAUUCUGCCAUUUUAAAGCAUUUAGAUGUACUUAUAUUAUACAUUAUAGUAAUAUUUUCCUUUAUUAUGCGAGUUUUUAAUUUUAUCCAUUUUAUUUCAGAUAUUUUAUUUUUACACAAAGGUGUUUUGAUUUGUGCAAUGUUAUAUAAGAAGUGCAAUAUAUAAGUGCAAUAUCUUAUUUUCAUGUCUUAUAAGUGCAAUAACCCUACAAGUGCAAUAUUACAGAGAUACCUAUUUUAUUACAUAUUGAAUGUUGUAAUGAAUUGUGAUAGAUUUAUCUGGCUUGGCCGGGCAAGUGCAAUAUAACUUAUUUAUUUAUUUCUGUCGUGUUUAGGUUUAGUUUUAUUUAUCAUUUUAAUGCUGUUUUCUCUAGACAAAAAUAAUUUCUGGCUUCAGACGGAGUUCGGACUAUUUUUUUGUUGUUGAGAUUAUCGGCUUUUUGUGUUGUGAUUUACUUUUGAUUUGCUUUUAUAAUUUUAUAGUCAUUUUUAUUUAUUUACAAAGCAACCAUUUUGGCAUGUGAUAACAGUUCAAGAUUAUAUAUUAUUUUCUGUUAUAUUGAGUUCAUAUUAUUUAUUUUCUUGCCAUACCUAAGAUUACAGUUUAUGUUUAGCUUUGUUAUUUUGUGAGUUUUUUGUUUAUAAUUUAAAAAAAAUGAUUUUGAGAGAGAGAGAGAGAGAGAGAGAGAGAUUGAUUGCUUUUCAUAAUCAUCCAUUGUGACCUUUGUACCUUGUCAAUGAUGCGUUGUUACUUAAUAAAGAUUGAUACUGACGAAA